AUGCCUAUUGCAGUCUGGACUAAUACACCACACUAUUUGCAGCCUCGGUGGGAUACCUUUGGUGAGCGGGUUCAGACACUCGCAAGUGCAAGGCCAUGGAUGGUAACCCAGGGAAACCAUGAGAAGGAGAGCAUACCAUUCUUGAAGGAGGGGUUUGAAUCUUAUAAUUCUAGGUGGAAAAUGCCGUAUAAAGAGAGUGGAUCGAGCUCGAAUCUUUAUUACUCCUUUGAAGUUGCAAGUGCUCAUAUUAUCAUGCUUGGCUCGUAUACUGAUUAUGAUGAAUAUUCAUAUCAAUACAAGUGGUUGAAGGAUGAUCUGUCAAAGGUAGACCGACAAAAGACACCUUUGUUGCUUGUGCUAUUUCAUGUUCCCUGGUAUAAUAGUAACAUAGCUCAUCAAGGUGAAGGGGACAUCAUGAUGGUAGCAAUGGAGCCAUUGCUUUAUGAUGAUCUUCAAAUGCGCCUAUUUAGGUCAAAUCCGAUUGUGCCAGCAAUAACUGAGCUUCUGGUUGCUCAGUUUAUGUGGAUGGAUUAUGAUAACCCCUCAAAGACUAUAUAUCUGUACAUAAAUUCAUUUGGAACACAGUGCAUAAAUGAAAGUGAUCCUAUGAGAAAGUAUAUUGAAUUUGAGUUUCUAUAUGUUCAAACAUUAGGACCAUAG